GCCGGGAAGGGCUCUUCCCGCGUCGCUUGUAGUUGGUUCUCGCCGCUGAUCCUUUGCAGCGUAUUGCUCCCCCAACAGGCAAAACUUUCUAUCCGCACACAGAUCCACACACUGACGUCUUUUGCGCAUUUCCUGCAUUGGGGAGACAGACACACCGAGCGAGCGAGAGAGCGAGCGAGAGGGCCAGCUGGGGGAGCCUUCCUCGCCCAGCAUCAGGCAAGCCUAGCCCGUGGCACAAGCCAGACCAGCGGCCUUGAGUUGGGGAGGGAAGGGCGGGAACCUCGUUUGCCGGCGUGAGAUCUUUUUUUUUCUUUUCCUUUUUUUAAAACAAAAAUGAUCCUCUGAAAAUAACAGAAAGAAAAAAGAGCCGCCCGCCUUUCCCGAGCAGGUCGAUCGGGAGCAGCUUCUCCUCAUGCAUUGGCUUCGAUCCCCUGGAUCCUUGGCCUUGGAGGAGGAGGAGGAGGAGGCGGAGAAGGCGAGGAAGCUCCCGCAGCAGCCGAGGCGGAUGUAAGGUUCCUCGGACUGUGUGAUUCCCCCCCUCCCUCCCUCUCCCCUUCAGUCGGAAAGGCUGCGAAGUGGGCAGGGCUGCGCGCGUUAGGUUCGGUGUUCCUGGGUGUUUGCUUUUCUUUCCGACCCCCUUCCCCCCUCCCCUCCUCUCCCCUCCCUCCCCUCCCCUGUUGUUCCUGCCGCCGCCGCCGGCGCACAGGCAAGUCAGCAGCAGAGCGUGAGCGCCGGAUUGCUUUCAGCGGAGGACUGCUCAAGGAUUACGCUCUUUAAAGAGAGAAAGACGACGCCGGGGGGGAAGUCUUUCUUUUAAGAAAAUAAUAAUAAUAAUAAUAUCUACGCAUAUACAUAUAUAGCUCUCGAGACGUCCCUCUAUUCCACCCCGCUCCCAAGGAUUCUUUUGAAUGUGCUGCGAUCGCAUUUUGGAUUUCUGCAAGCAGGAACGCGAUCCCUCUCCCCUUCCCUUCGGCCCCCCUCACCCCCGCCUUUUGUUUUUCCGUUUAAAAAAAACACACGGAGAGGCCAGUCUCUCUGAAAUAUAUGCCUCUGUGUUUGCAUGCAUGCAUGCGUGUGUGUGUAUAUAUACACAUGCGUGCACACAUGAAUGUAUGCAUGUAUGCAUUCAGUGGGUGUCGCAAGGGGGAAAACUAGCCAAAGCCACCGAAAGGAGCCCCCUGCACCCACCCACCCCCCACUUCACUUAAACCUGCCUUCUUAUUUAUUGAGACAUCUCCCAGAAACCUUCCUGGCUCCGGAGCGUGCUUAAUCCCAAGGAAAAGGAAAGCCAUCUAAUCAUGGUGGUUUUUAAUGGCAUGCUGAAAAUCAAAAUCUGCGAGGCGGUGAAUCUCAAACCCACCCCUUGGUCGCUACGGCAUGCGGUGGGUCCCAGGCCACAGACCUUUCUACUGGACCCAUACAUCGCCCUCAAUGUGGACGAUUUCAGGAUCGGGCAGACCUCCACCAAGCAGAAAACCAACAGCCCUGCCUGGAACGAUGAAUUUGUCACCGAUGUUAACAACGGCAGAAAGAUUGAAAUGGCCGUUUUCCACGAUGCCCCCAUCGGGUACGACGAUUUUGUGGCUAACUGUACCAUCCAGUUUGAGGACUUGCUGCAGAACGGGAGUCGGCACUUCGAGGACUGGAUUGAUUUGGAGCCAGAAGGAAGAGUGUACGUCAUCAUAGAUCUUUCGGGCUCUUCAGGUGAAGGGGAAGGAACUUCAGAAGAUAGCAGAUCAGAUUCUGUACAUUGGAGUCCCACUCAAAGAAGAGGAACUUCAAUCAUCUCAUCCAAAGACAAUGAAGAAAGAGUAUUUAGGGAACGGAUGCGCCCCAGGAAGCGCCAGGGGGCAGUGCGACGCAGGGUCCAUCAGGUUAAUGGGCACAAGUUUAUGGCCACUUAUCUUAGACAACCAACCUAUUGUUCACACUGCCGAGACUUUAUAUGGGGAGUAAUAGGAAAGCAAGGGUACCAAUGUCAAGUUUGCACUUGCGUAGUCCACAAGCGAUGCCAUGAGCUUAUAAUAACAAAGUGCGCUGGCUUGAAGAAGCAGGAAGCCCAUGAUGAGGUGGGUUCUCAGCGUUUCAGUGUUAACAUGCCUCACAAGUUUAGCAUUCACAAUUACAAAGUGCCCACCUUCUGUGACCACUGUGGUUCAUUGCUUUGGGGUCUUCUGAGACAAGGUUUACAAUGCAAAGUUUGCAAGAUGAAUGUACAUAGACGCUGUGAAACAAAUGUAGCACCCAACUGUGGAGUAGAUGCUAGAGGCAUAGCUAAAGUACUUGCAGAUCUUGGCGUUACUCCAGAUAAGAUCACUAAUAGCGGACAAAGGAGGAAGAAGCUUGUUCCAGGUGCAGAAUCUCAACCGCCAGUUCCUGGAUCCUCACCAGGAGAAGAUGACAGAUCAAAGUCAGCGCCAACUUCCCCAUGUGAUCAAGAAAUCAAAGAGCUUGAAAAUAACAUCAGGAAAGCGUUAUCAUUUGACAAUCGGGGAGAAGAACAUAGGGGAGCAGCAACAAGCUCAACUGAUAGCCAACUUAAUACACCGGGGGAGAAUGGGGAAAAUAGUGAUGUCAAAGCUCAGACAAAGCGAAUGGGCCUGGAGGAAUUCAACUUCAUCAAAGUAUUAGGAAAAGGCAGCUUUGGAAAGGUCAUGCUAGCGGAACUCAAAGGUAAAGAUGAAGUAUAUGCUGUGAAAGUCUUAAAGAAAGAUGUCAUUCUUCAAGAUGAUGAUGUGGACUGUACAAUGACAGAAAAACGGAUUCUGGCAUUAGCACGAAAGCAUCCGUAUUUAACACAGCUCUACUGCUGCUUCCAGACCAAGGACCGCCUAUUUUUCGUCAUGGAAUAUGUCAAUGGAGGAGACCUAAUGUUUCAGAUUCAACGUUCACGCAAAUUUGACGAGCCUCGCUCCCGCUUCUAUGCAGCAGAAGUCACAUCGGCACUCAUGUUCCUACAUCAACAUGGCGUCAUCUACAGGGACCUGAAACUGGACAAUAUUCUUUUGGAUGCAGAAGGUCAUUGCAAACUGGCUGACUUUGGAAUGUGCAAGGAAGGAAUCUUGAAUGGAGUAACAACUACUACCUUUUGUGGAACACCAGACUACAUAGCUCCAGAGAUCCUCCAGGAAUUAGAAUAUGGUCCUUCUGUAGAUUGGUGGGCACUGGGGGUUCUCAUGUAUGAAAUGAUGGCUGGACAACCGCCCUUUGAAGCUGAUAAUGAAGAUGACCUCUUUGAGUCUAUCCUACAUGAUGAUGUGCUAUAUCCAGUAUGGCUUAGCAAAGAAGCUGUCAGCAUUUUGAAAGCUUUCAUGACAAAAAACCCAAACAAACGCCUGGGCUGUGUAGCAUCUCAGAACGGUGAAGAUGCCAUUAAACAGCAUCCAUUCUUCAAAGAAAUUGACUGGGUUCUUCUAGAACAAAGGAAAAUUAAGCCACCCUUCAAACCUCGGAUUAAAACCAAAAGGGAUGUAAAUAACUUUGAUCAAGACUUUACACGAGAAGACCCAAUAUUAACACAAGUGGAUGAGACAAUUAUAAAGCAAAUCAACCAAGAAGAAUUUAAAGGCUUCUCAUAUUUUGGAGAAGAGCUGCUGCCAUAAGAUAUUUCCCCCACCCCUAAAUUGGAACCACCAGAUCACAGAUGCUGCAAGUUGUGUUCUGAAAAAUCCUCCAGCUACAUCAUCAAGAACUGCUUCUCUGAUCAUGAGCCUAAACCCAUUACUUUCUACUGUCUAUUUAUUGUUAUAUUUCUUUGAUCUGGAGGCACUCAUAUUAGCUGUUUUACAGAGCAAUGCAAAAUAUUUGUAUUAGAAAUUGUAAAGGUAACACAUUGCUGUUGUUGUUUUUUGCUGCUGUGUCUCUUUCUACUCAGACUUUCUUUUAAUUUCAGGAAGGCUUUGCCUUUUUAAAAUCAUCAGGCACUGUCAAAAGUAAUUUGUUCAGCCAUUUUUAAUAUUUAAAAAUCACUAGGAAUUUUAGCUUCAUCUUUUAAGGCUUGAAAUUAUGGUCUAGAGUAUGUGGGGGGGAGGAAUAUAACUUUUUUCCAAGUUACCAUAAAUAGGUAUCUCAUCACAUUGUGCUAGAUGGAUAGUAUAUUUGUUAUAUGAUUAUGGACAGAGAGAAAUACUUCAUUAUGACUUAUUUUCAACUCAGAUAUGAAUCUAUAAAUCAGCCAUAAGAUUUACUGAGCUUGGAAUCAGCUCAUUGCAUUCUGCAAUGAUUGCUAGGGGGGCCUUAUGAAGCAUGAGAGAUAAAUGUAAAACCCUUUGCCAUUGAUUUCAAUAAAUUGUCAACAGGAAUAGUUGAGUUUACAUCCUUAACAUUCAAAUGGAUAGGUUGGCAGUGAACUUCAUUCCUCAACAGGCAACUCUUUCCAUAGAAUGCAACCUUAGGAAACUGAAGUUUUGCAUAGUGUCAGGCAAGAGAAAUAUGCUCUACUCUGUCAAAUGUGAUCUUCUCAAAAGUUAUGUUGUGUGUCUUAGAAUGUGUUUUUCGACCUCAGCAUCUUUAAAAUGUGUGGACUUCAACUCCCAGAAUUCCCUAUGUUGGAAUGCUGGGAGUUGAAAUCUACACAUCUUAAUGUUGCUACUAUCGAAAAAACUAUGUCCUUAGAAGAUAAGUCUGAUGGAGAACAAACUCCCAUAUUCUUGUCCUUAGAUUUAGAUUCACUGAAAUAAUUCAGAUUUCAUCUUGCUUCGGUUAAUUUAAAUUCAGUUCCUUAUUAGGCCUGCUUUAAUUAAGUCUGGCUCCACACGUCGGUUAAAUGUUUUUACACAUUUGGGCUAAUCAAUGCAAGUAAUUUAUAGAACCAUUUCUUUCCAAUUCAUGUGCAUAGAAUGGAGAUGCCAGGUUUCCAAUAUUCAAAAUAAAUUUAAUGAAGCAUUUACCUUUGAAAGGCAAGCAUUUUAAAUAUAUGAGAGCUGAGAUCUUAUCUUGCUCAAUAUGGCUACUAAUUGAUGCUCCAGUUAUAAUACCAGGUAUGCCUUCAUUAAUUGCUGUCCCAAGGCAUUGUUGCCACACUGCUUGCUCUUUACCUGGUGGCGAAAGAGAUGCUAGAAACCCACGUAGUUCUAGUACACAUAAUAGUUUAAUAAACUGUGUAGAGGCUGAAAUCCACAAAAGCAGCUGAAAAUAGUUUACAUCCAUUUAACCUCGGAGGGUUAAAUGAAGAGGUAACUGAAACCUGUUGAUACACUACAUUUUUCAGAACUCAGAUUUUUUAAAAAAUACACUGCCUUGGUUGAUUUAAAAACCCUCAUUGUGAUUAGAAGCAACAGAGGGCAGCAGUGUUGAUAAUUCUCAGAAUUCAAAGAUGUGAACAAACCUACAUAAUCCGCCCUAAUCUUUUUCACAAUCAGAUCAAAAGAAAAGGCAGCUUUCCACAU